AUGGAAAGUAAUCCAGUCUCGAAUCUAAGAGAAAUUAAGACUGUCUUAGAAGCAGAAGAUAGAAGCAUAUCAUUAUUGACAACCCUUUCCCUUGCAAUUAAGGUCCUUCCUUAUUUUGGAUAUGCAGACCAAUGCAAAAUUCUACUGACACAGCUCAGGUCGGAGUCCAGACAACUCUGGCUUUCUAAUGAAGACCAGUGGCUCAAGCCUUUCAUUAACGACCAGGAGGAAGAAGUAUUUCAUAUAAAGAAGAGAAAUUUGGAGGUCAAGAAUCUUAAAGGGCCUUCAAGCUCCGAUGAUGAAGUAUCUUGAGACUCACAAGUGAUGGAUCUGGCACAUUCAAACGCUUAUAAGCUAUAUUCUUUUGGCUUUUGGCUUGAUGAUGAGGAUCUCCCAGGCCUUGAAACUAUUGCUGAUUUCUGACAAAUAGUGGAUUCAGAAUUGUUAAAAGUUGGAGUGAUAUUUAUUUUUGCUGACAUCAGCACAAUUUCUAAUUUUGAAUGGCUUUUAACAAUUUCUAAAACUCUGAAGAUUAAAGUAGAAGAGCAUAAAGUUAACAAAGCAACUUAUUAUAAAUUUAAGAAGCCCCCUUUUUGGAUUUCGGAAAUAAGCUGAGUCGAUGAUACUAAAAACUUCUAUGUGUGUUCAUAUAAUUGGGAUCUCCCAAAUAAUCAGAGCGAGCAAGUUUUGGUUAGCAAAAUUAGAAAUAAUUACCUUGAACUUCCAGAACUUGAAGAGUUAUUCAGGAAAUUACUCAAGAAUGUGACCAUGAAAACUCUUUUAAAAGAAGUUAAGGAUCAUGAUAUUAAUAUAAAACUGGAUCAUAGGAAUAUUGUGAGAGAUAAGGAUUGUAUUCACCAGCUCUCAGAUUUAUUAGACAAUCACAUAAUUACUGAAGAUUGUCAGAGAGGGUUUGUUCCAACUUUCGUACUUCACUGUAAAGGGUUAUUUAAACAUCAGAGUCAGUCCAUGCAGCCAAACGAUCUUGAUUUAAUUCCAAUUUUAUCAAAUAUGCUAAACAAUAAAGGAUUCCAAAUCAAAUUAAUUUUCCCUCGCAAAAGUUUCUGAAAGGCUACGAAGUAUGAGAUAAAAGGAGACAAAUGCUUGAUUGGCUACAGCAACUGGACUAUGAAAAUGACUAAUUUCAGGUUAGAAGUCUCAAACGACUGCACUAUUGAUAAUAAUUGUAUUGUAUUCGGAUCAAAUGAAAAUAAUUUUGAUGCAGAUGUAUCUGAAAAAGCAAGUUUUAAUGACCUUGAAGAUCACAAAUCGUCAUUCGAAGAUCUAAAGAUCUAUAUUCCUACUGAUGAAAUAGAAUCUCUCAGCUGAGAUUUUGGAUUCCUGAGAAAAAUAUUCUCUGUAGAUUCAAUUCAGAAACUAUCAGAUUUACAAAUAAAGAUUUCUUCUAUUGAUCUUAGUAAAGAAUACACCUGCGACAUUCUCCAAAGCCUGCCUAAAUCCAUAAAAGUAGAGAUAGAAAUCAUUGAUUCUGAGCCUGAAAGUGACCAGCAAGAGCAGAGCAAUGAAAUAUCCUUUGAAGCUCUUCAGAAUUUGAACAUAAAGAAACUCAAGAUUGGUUAUGAAAUCAGCAACAAGGAUUUGAUGCUCUCAUUAAUUUCAUUUCUGGAACAUCAAACUGCUCUUAAUGUUAUCUCUGUCAAGAUCAGAGCCUCUGAGAUUGAAGAUGCAAAUUCAGUCUUUAAGUCCUUACUUGGAGCUAUCUGCGACUUACAUUGCUUAGAUAUUGACAUCUCAGUUUCAGAAGCAACUCCUGAGAUGACUGAGAUGUCUAAAGAGUUUGCUAAAAGCAAUAUUGACAAGAACAUUUCGAUCAGCCUCGAUAACUUAUCAGAAAGAUCUGAACCAACAGAAAAUUUUGAAGAUACCAGUUCUGAAGAUUCUAGCUCAGAAUCUAAAGGAUGUUCUGGAGAAAUACUAAUAACAGACAAGUUCACUAAAUUAAAGAACAAAUUUAACUAA